GGGCGGCGGCGGCGGGCAGCAGCGCGCCGAGCACCAACAGCAACGCCAGCUCCAUCGCGUCGUUUCCAGCCGAACCCGGAGCCGGCAAUCCGCUAUGGCGGGCGGGGCGGUGCUCGGCUUCGGCCCGCCCGCUGCCGGCCCCCCGCGGGGCGGGAUCGGAAGGUUUCCCGCGCGGCGAGCGCUGCCCGCCAUGUCCCGCUUCUUUCAGGCGCUGCACCGCGCCGGCAGGGCUCGGGCGGGAGGGCUGGGCGUGAAGGAGGAGGACUUGUCCCGCUGGGGGCUGACAGGCAUUAAGCUUCGUCCAUAUCAAUUAGAUGGUGUAAACUGGCUGGUACAGUGCUACCAAGUCCAGCAUGGCUGUAUCCUGGGUGACGAGAUGGGUCUUGGGAAGACUUGUCAGACUAUUUCACUUCUUCUUUAUUUGACAAAAAAAUUAACAAACAAGGAGAGAUCCCUGAUUCUUUGUCCUCUGUCUGUUCUGAGCAACUGGAAGGAGGAACUGGAGAGGUUUGCUCCAAGUCUCUCCUUUGUGACAUACAUUGGCAACAAGGAAGAGCGAUCCGAACUGCAGCAGCACCUGAAAGAGCAAUCUCACUUCCAUGUGCUCUUAACAACAUAUGAGAUUUGUCUGAAAGAUGCAGCAUUUCUCAAAUUUUUUGACUGGGCUGCCUUGGUUGUAGAUGAAGCUCACAGACUGAAAAAUCAGAACUCUCUGCUUUACGAAACACUUAUUGAGCUCCCAGUAGGUUUCAGCCUACUACUCACAGGCACUCCAAUCCAGAACAACCUCCAAGAACUGUACUCCUUACUCAGCUUUAUUGAACCUGAUAUUUUUCCUAGAAAACAAGUGAAAGAGUUUGUUGAGUAUUACCAAGCAGUUGAAAAGGAGAGUGAGCCAGCCAAAGAAUUGCACAAUCUUCUGCAACCAUUUUUGCUUCGAAGAGUCAAAUCCGAGGUGACUGCAGACCUUCCAAAAAAGGUGGAAGUGGUUUUGUACCAUGGAAUGUCAGCUCUGCAGAGGAAGUACUACAAAGCUAUUCUGACAAAAGAUCUAGAUGCAUUUGAAGGUGGAACAGGAAGGAAGGUUACACUUCAGAAUGUCUUAAUACAGCUUCGGAAGUGUGUUGCCCACCCAUACCUUUUCAAUGGUGUUGAGCCAGAGCCCUUUGAGAUUGGAGAUCACAUUGUUGAAGCCAGCGGCAAACUAUGUUUGUUGGAUAAACUCCUUUCAUUCUUGUAUGAUGGUGGCCAUCGUGUCUUGCUCUUUUCUCAGAUGACUAAACUGCUUGACAUUCUGCAAGACUACAUGGACUAUAGAGGCUAUAGCUAUGAGCGGCUGGAUGGUUCUGUAAGAGGUGAAGAGAGACACCUUGCCAUUAAGAACUUUGGUCAACAGCCCAUCUUUGUCUUCCUGCUGAGCACCAGAGCAGGAGGAGUUGGCAUGAACCUGACGGCAGCAGAUACAGUUAUUUUUACUGACAGUGAUUUUAACCCACAGAAUGACUUGCAAGCAAUAGCAAGAGCUCACCGGAUUGGGCAGCACAAGCCUGUAAAAAUUAUCCGCUUGAUUGGACGAGAUACAGUUGAAGAAAUAAUCUACCGAAGAGCUGCUUCCAAGCUUCGACUGACAAAUGCCAUUGUAGAGGGAGGACAGUUCGCCUUGGGAGUACACAAACCUCAGGAAGCAACAGAUUUACAGCUGAGUGAAAUCCUGAAAUUUGGCUUAGAUAAAUUGCUGUCCUCUGAGGGAAGUACUGUCCAGGAUGUGGAGCUGGAAAACAUCCUUGGAGAGACAAAAGGAGGGAAGUGGGUAAUGGACGUUGUCCUGCCACAUGAAGAAGAAAGGAAGGAGGAUGAUACAGAAAAUCACAUGUAUGUGUAUGAAGGCAAAGAUUAUUCAAAAGAACCCAGCAGAGAAGACAAAAAAGCAUUUGAUCAGCUUUUGGAUCUUCAGAAAGCCUUGACCGAAGAGACCAGUAAAGAAGGGAGAGCUCUCCGAAACAAAGCAAAUACUCUUCUUACAGGCCUCCGGGACCAGUCAACAAGGAGGAAACACUUGCUGAGCACAGAGGAGCUGGAGACUAGGAGGAAGAAGCGCCAAGAAGCAGCUGCAAAGAGAGCAAAACUUAUGGAGGAAAGGAGAAAGGCAAAAGCAGAGGCAGAGCACAUGAAAAAGAUGGCUUGGUGGGAGUCAAAUCAUUACACAUCUACCUGUCUCCCUUCAGAGGAAAGUGAAUCUGAGGAAGAGUUUGAGGAGGGAGAGGCUGAGCUGAAUGUGGAUUUAGAUUACAGAGAUGUGGACGUAAACUGUAUCAAGUACGUUAUGGGAGAUGUCACCCACCCCAAAGCAGAAGAGGAGAAUGCCAUUAUUGUCCACUGCCUUGAUGACUCUGGCCGCUGGGGAAGGGGUGGUUUAUUUACAGCUCUGGAGAGUCGUUCUGAUCAGCCAAGAAGAAUAUAUGAGAUGGCAGGGAAGAUGAAAGACCUGCAAUUAGGAGGAACCCUGUUAUUUCCCAUUGAUGAUAAAAAAUCCAGGAGAAAAGGACAAGACUUGUUGGCCUUGAUUGUAGCUCAGCACCGGGAUCGGUCCAACAAUUUGUCUGGCAUUAAGCUGUCUGCUUUGGAAAAGGGCCUAAAGAAGAUUUAUUUAGCAGCCAAGAAAAGAAAUGCAACAGUGCACUUUCCACGUAUUGGGUAUGCAACAAAAGAUUUCAACUGGUAUGGUACCGAGCGGCUCAUCCACAAGUACUUGGCAACACGGGGUAUCCCCACACUCAUAUACUACUUCCCUAGAAAUAGAGGGUCUGUUUCACAACCAUCUUCAUCAGUAACAGCCUCAAAGCCAUGAAGAUACAAAAUUUUACUGAGAAACAUGCACAAAAACCAAGGAUAUUUUUAACUUCGUGUAGACAGUCUUCAGUGUGCAUCCACUUCAGAAACAUAUCUUACACAGCCAUUUCUUAUCUCUGUACCUCUCUGCUUUUAUUGGUCAUAACAUUUAUGUAUUGUCAAUGGCUCUAAAAUGGAAUUACACUGCUUCGGAGUUCAAAGAGGCUUGGGAUAAGGAUGUUGGCACAAUCCUAAAUAUGUUUUGAAGAUGGAAAAUUAAACUUUCACCGAUGGUCA